AUGCUGUGCUGGUCAGAAGGCGGCAUUUUGGAAAAUGAACCAAUGCUCACAUGGGUUGAUCUGAUGAUAUAUACAUUUUUCAAAGUAUUGAUGGAGCAUGGGAAAAGCACCGAUCUUGACGAAUAUCCGUUAACAAAGCAACUGUGUCGUAAAAUCGCUGAAAUAUGUGAAGGAGCAAGCAGAUGUCAGCAGGAAGACGAAAACUCCAUGUAA